AUGGCCAUCGGACAGCUGGGACAACUUCGGAACACAAGCCUCUACUUAUUUGCUAUCGGACAGCUGGGACAACUUCGGAACCCGAGCGAUGCCCACAUAACCCCGCACGUCCCGGCGAUUUGGUUGCCUGUUUUCGAGGAGGCCGUCCAUCUUCCCCGCAAAAUCAUGCGCGAUCCACCCCCAGUGUUCUCCCUCAGGAUGCUGCCGCUCCGCAAAACGGCCGAGCCCGGACAUGUGCCAAGGCCGUCAAUGACGCCGAGCAGAAUCAGCCUCCUUCCCCUUUCGGCGCGGCGUUAG